UUUUCGAUUAUAUCUCGACUCGUUUAUCGAAGAAAAAGUAAUGUAUAAUAUUUAUUUAAUAUUUAGAGUCUAGAUCACCAAAAACAAUAUAUGUAACUACGGAAAGAACGAUUCGCAUUUUAAUUAGCCAAAGUAAUUUAUGAAAAGUCGCUUUUUCCGAGGGGACAGCUGCAAGCCCGCGAGUCCCCGGAUGCAAGUGGAAAAACAUACACACUCGUUUUUAAUGGCAUAAAGACAAGAAAAUUUCACCACAAAAAUACUACCUAAAGAAGAAAUAUGGGAUAGAGGAAUAUAACAGAGGUAAUAAUGCCCCCAACGGAUCGAAGGGAGACGUUUUCUCGUCGAGAAACGCAGAGUUUCAAGUCUUCCAAGGAUCACCGUGAUCGUGUCGUCAUUAACUGUGGCGGCAAGCGAUUUGAGCCGUACCUUAGCACUCUGAAAAACAUCACAGAUCUACCUUUGUCUAAAAUCACCGAGAAUAAAAUCAAGCUAGACUACGACGAGGAAUCCGGAGAAUACUUCUUCGAUCGGCAUCCUGCCGUUUUCGCGCAGGUUCUGAACUAUUUGCAAACCGGAAAACUGCACUGUCCCCGUAACGUCUGUGGUCCUCUGUUUGAGCAAGAGCUUGCUUACUGGGGCAUAGACGAGCAGCAGAUGGAAUCAUGCUGUUGGAGUAACUACACCAAGCAUAGGGAUGCACAAGAGAGCCUCAAAGCGCUGGAUUUCCGCCCGAGAUACGACGAAGAUGAAGAACGUAGGAAAGUGCACUAUGAUGACCCGAAUCUUUCAUGGUGGCAGCGACAUCAACCAAUAGUCUGGGAAAUCCUCGACGAGCCGUAUUCUUCUUCUACAGCAAAGGUUUUCGCAUGGGUCUCGCUUGCUUUCAUAGUCGUUUCAAUCUUCACCAUUUGCAUCUGGACUGUAGAAAUGUUCAAGGGCGACUCCAAGACCGUCACGCGAAACGUGACGCGUAACGCAACGCAUGGUAACACCACUACAAAGUCAUACUACUUUGAGCGCGUAGACAUGCCGGUAUCGGACGUCCCCCGCUAUGUUCUCAUGAUCAUCGACUCCGUCUGUACGGGUUGGUUCACCCUUGAGUUUCUCCUAAGACUAGUGUUCUGUCCAAGCAAGCUAAAGUUCAUCUUGACGCUACAGAACUGGAUCGACCUGAUCGUCAUCAUCCCACUGUACCUGAUGCUUGCCAUGGAGAAGUCCUUCGUGCUUGAUGUGCUUAACACCAUGCGGAUCGUGCGGAUUUUCCGCUUCUUCAAGCUCCUCUAUGACCUUCAAAUCUUGACCAAAACGGUCAAGGCGAGCCGACAACACCUCAUGAUUCUUCUCAUCAUUCUCAUGAUUCCAGUCAUCGUGUUCUCCAGCCUUGUGCUGUACUCGGAGAAGCGCUGGGGUAGCGAUAAGUCCAAGGCUCAGUUUUAUAACGUACCUAAUUCCGUGUGGUGGGGCCUAAUCACCAUGACAACUAUAGGAUAUGGGGACAUGGUGCCGACUUCAUUUAUGGGGAAAGUCAUCGGCGGAAUCGCAUCCAUCUGCGGCGUGAUCAUCUUGUCAACCUCGGCGUCUGUCAUCGGCAGCACUUUCUCCCUGUACUAUAAUCUUGCCCAGGCUCAGCUCAAGCUCCCUACCAAGAGAAGGAAGUUCGAUGUCGAGUUUCAGAGCUUGCCGACCGUCCUUGCUUGCCGGACAAGUCAGGCGGACUCGACUGUUACCUCAAAUAAUUCGGACAGUGGGUAUCAAAAAUCACCCAACAGGCUACAGAUUGGUGGUCGCCACAGCUUUGGGUUCGCAGAGGGAGAAAAGCUUCAACUGACGCCUAAUCCAAAUAAAGUUCCGUGUACUUGCCAAUGUGCGCGUGACCCGUCACUUAAACAACUUGAUUCUAUUCUAAAGCCUAGUGAUUCGCCGCCUAGAAAACCUGGAAUGUUGAAACACCGGGAAUCAGCGCCAACGCUGCACGCUCCAAGAACAAUCCCACGUGACUUGAGGUCUAUGUCACAUGACUCAGGCCGAGUACCACGUGAUCCUGAAUUAAUACCGCUAAGUUCGCCGGGAACGCUGUCACCCGUGCAGUCACCACCGACUCCGAGGCCGCAGUUCUCACGGAAAGCUAGCAUUCGCCGUGACAGCAUCCUUGUGUGACAUUGAAGGUCAGCGCAAAAAGCCAGCAUUCGCUGACAGCAUCGCCUUGUGUGAAACGGAAAUAUAGGGCUAUGACACAAGAAAAGGCAUUUCUAAAAGCUGCCCAAGUAGGUGACAUAGAGUUGAUUGGAUUAAUUGUCCCUUAUAAAGGAACACCCCCUACCUCCCUCUCUGUGGAAUAUUGGCUGGUCCAACAUGGAUGCCACCCCUCCCCCAAAGGUCAAACCAAUUUUUUGUAUUCAUCGGAUCAUAAAAAUAAAAACAUACAAAACAUGCUGGCCAUGCUUGCCAUGCUUAACAAGAAAAAUUUAAUACGAUUAAAAGGCAUAAAUAUAAUGAGACAGAUCAUUAGAUAUCACAAAUAUGGGUGUUGGUAAUCACAACCAAAAUAGUUUAUACUUUUUUAAAGAAAUCCUAAUAAAACCCCUGUCCUGGUCUGGUAUUAUAUGUAUUCAGCACAUUGUCUGGUUGCUAUGUAUAUUUUCCAAGCAGAAAAUAAGUCAGACUUCACAAAAUAAUAAUUAGGGCCUACAGCUCUCACAAUAAAUUGGAAAGCACUGUGGUGGUUAAGGGACAUAACAACCAGAUAUACAAGCAGAAUAAAACAAGCAAAAAUACUUGGUAGGUUAGUAUAACAACAAAUUUUUUCAACAAUACCUUUGUAAAUUAUGCUUCUUGAGUACUAAAAUUUGGGUAAUGGGUCGGUGUUUAUUUACUGUGAAAUUGAUGAGUAUACUCUGAUUUAAGAACAAUAUUUUAAGGAUUAUAAGAGACUACUCUGGAAAAGAAUUUGGAAGUGGUUACAGCACAACCAGUUAAAACGGGAAUGCUGAAAUUUAUGGAAUGUUUGUUCAAAAAUUCACUUGCAAAAUAUUCAAACAGUCAAGCUGUAACAUGUUUUAACAAGUCUUGGAGACAAUAAGUUUGUAUAUACACCAAGAAACACAGAAGUAAACUGUACAUUCAAUGGGUAAUAAAAUAUCAUCAGUACCAGA